GAUAUUAUUAUCAGUUGUGAAAAGGACUUAGUUUUUGGAUAAUGCGGCAACCUACGGAAAGAACAUUAUUGACGUUGGGAAAGGGGCAACAAGGCCAUAUUGAAUUCGCCAGUGCUUUACGCAGACGGAAAAAUAGAAUCAGGCAGUUUCAAUGUUGCGUUUGUGCUACCUUUAUAGCCACCUUCAUAAUGGCAUUAGUAGUAACGAUUAGUUACUCGGCAAGUCAUCCAGAUAUCUUUCCUCCGGAAAUCAAUGUAUCGCAAUUGGAUAGGGCGCAGGAAAUGUCUACGGGUCGCUUAAAAUUGUCGGGUCAUAUUUUCGCGCCGUUGAUUCCAUCUUUAAAUCAAACUAUUGUGAUGACUUUGAGUGAAUCGGAGCAGGCGGCGGCCAUAAAGGCUGGGAACGAUGCAAUCGCCGUUCGACGUUUGGCCGAUUCUUUAACCAAGCCCUUGCCAUCGCCUUCGCCCAAUUCACGUCAUCAGUACGCCAUGAGUACAAGUCAACGAGCAGAUCAUCUAGCACUUGUUGGGGUGGCGGAACUUGCAGCCACCAAGAAAGUCGAGAGCGCCAGGUCGUUCAUGGGCAAGCCAACAAGUUUUGGAAGUAUUUUAGAUGCUGGAUGGGCGCCGAAGGACGUCUGUAUGGCCUACUCGAAUAUUAAGUGUCCAUCCUAUGCGUCUAUGUAUAGAACUUUUGAUGGUUCGUGCAAUCAUCCGCUGCAGCUAGGAAGGGCAUUUACGCCUUACAGUAGAGUAUUACCACCAGAUUACGCGGACGGGAUUGAGAUUCCGAGGGUCAGCCUAUUUGGUAAUCCAUUGCCUUCUGCCAGAAAGAUAAGCCUUCAAGUACAUCCACCGUCGCCAAGCAUAAACCCUUCGUUUACUGUGAUGCUUGCAGUAUUCGGACAAUUUUUGGACCACGACAUAACAGCUACGGCGAUCAGUCAAGGCACGAACGGAAGUUCGUUAUCUUGUUGCCCACCAAGCGGUGAUCAUCCAGAGUGCUUUCCGGUUAAAGUGGGUCCGGGUGAUCCGGUGUACGACAUUGCGGGAAGCUCGUGCAUGGAAUUCGUCAGGUCAGCGCCAGCAGCGCUGUGCACAAUCGGUCCUAGGCAGCAGCUAAAUCAGGUGACAGCAUUCAUUGAUGGCUCGGUGAUUUAUGGCUCCGACGUGGAUACGGCAAAAUCACUGCGUGAAUUUUCCGGAGGACGUUUGCGGAUGCAGAUAACUCCAGAUAAAAGAUCGCUGCUCCCAGCAAGUAGAAAUGCAAAUGAUGGAUGCAAUAGACAAACUGAAUUUGUUCGCGGUCGGUAUUGUUUUGCUACAGGUGAUGCUAGGGCCAAUGAAAAUUUACAUUUGACAACUAUGCAUCUUCUUUGGGCAAGACAGCACAACGUAUUGGCCAACGAACUCACGAAACUCAAUCCUAUGUGGAAUGAUGAAAAGAUUUACCAAGAAUCAAGAAGAAUCGUGGGUGCCCAGUUACAACACAUCACUUAUAAUGAAUUUUUACCCAUUGUGUUGGGCGAGACUGAGAUUAGUAGGCGAAAUUUAAAACCACUCAGCAAAGGAUUCAAGUUGUUAAAUAAUAACAGCGAUGUCAAUCCAGCGAUCGCUAAUCACUUCGCUUCAGCCGCUUUUAGAUUUGCACACACUCUGUUACCAGGAUUAAUGAAAGUCACCGACAAACAAAAAGGAACAUUUUCUUAUAUUCAGUUACACAAGAUACUUUUCAAUCCAUACAGUUUAUAUAAUGAAGGUGGUGUAGAAAAUUCUGUAUCAACUGCAACGUCAAAUCUUAUACAAAAGACAUCCACUCAUGUAACUUCACAAUUAACCAAACAUCUUUUUCAAGAUAAAAUGGUCAAUCAAACACUUCCAUGUGGACUCGAUCUUGUGUCAUUGAAUAUUCAACGAGGUAGAGAUCAUGGUUUACCUGGUUUUACCAAAUGGAGAGAAUAUUGCGGACUUCGUAAAAUAUUAAAUUUUGAAGAUUUGAAAGAGGAAAUGGAUGUGGAAGCAUUAGAUGAAAUCUCUAAACUUUAUAAUAAUGUAGACGAUAUAGAUUUAUAUACAGGUGCUUUAGCGGAGUUGCCUAAAAGUGAUGGAUUAAUCGGUCCAACUUUUACAUGUUUAAUAGCCGAUCAGUUUGAGAGACUUCAAGUGGGCGAUAAAUAUUGGUAUGAAUCAGCAAAUCAAUCUGGAUCUUUUAACGAAGAUCAAUUAAAGGAGCUGAGAAAAAUAUCAUUGGCUCGUAUAAUUUGCGAAACAUCAGACAAUAUUACUGAAAUACAGGCUCAAGUUAUGCGAUCUAUUGGACCGAAUAAUCCAAUUAUAUCAUGCGAAGAUAUACCAUCAGUUUCUCUAGAUCCUUGGAAAAUUGAAACGACAAAUUUUACAGAAUCGAGAGGAGAAAUUCCAAGGGAAUUUUGGCUUAGUUUUAAAAAUGAAAUUAACAAAACAAUAAGUGACGUAAUAUCAAAAAUCAUGAUAAAAAAGUCAUCUUCUGGAAGUGAUUCAUUUGAUUGGACUACAUUUGAAAACGACAUAAAUAUUACAUUUAUCGAUUUAAAAAAUAAGUUCACUGCAUUUUAUCCACAAUUAUUUAAAAGCAUAAGUUCAGUAAAGAACAUAACGGCAUCAGCUGGAUUUAAUUAA